GCAAAAUUGUUAACGAGUGUUCGAAUCGAAGAGCAUCGAAAGAAGGGUUUUAUAGUUGUUUUGAUAGUUUCUCCUCCUCCGCCUCCUUUCCGGCGACGGUAGCUAUUCGUCUUUCACCAGGUUCACUCCUUCUUGGCCGGCACAUAGUCAUAGUUGUUUGUGCAAGGCUUCCAAGAAAUAAACUUAGGAUGGAUUGUGAGGAAAACGUUGGGAAGGAGUCUCUCGUUCUGAUAAAACAAGGAGCUGAGGCUAGGGUGUUCGAGUCAACAUUUGUGGGGAGGAGAUCCAUCGUGAAAGAGCGGUUCUCGAAGAAGUAUAGACACCCGAUUCUCGAUGUGAAACUCACACUCAAACGAUUGAAUGCUGAGGCUAGGUGUAUGACGAAAGCAAGAAAGCUCGGGGUCUGUACACCAGUCCUCUACGCAGUGGAUCCUCUCCUUCAUUCCCUGACACUUGAGUACAUCGAAGGCGUCUCUGUCAAAGACGUUUUCCUAGAGUUUGGCGCCAAUGGGAUAGUCGAGGAGCGGUUGGAUGAUAUCGCCGCUCAGAUUGGUGAGGCCAUAGCUAAGCUCCAUGAUGGUGGUUUGUCUCACGGUGACUUGACCACAUCAAACAUGUUAGUCAGAAGCGGAACGAAUCAGCUGGUACUAAUUGAUUUCGGGUUGAGUUUCACGUCCACCUUGCCGGAAGACAAAGCUGUUGAUUUGUAUGUGCUUGAAAGAGCCUUGCUCUCAAUGCAUUCUUCAUGCGGAAACGUGAUGGAUCGUAUACUAACAGCGUAUAGGAAGUCCUCAAAGCAAUGGUCAGCCACGUUCAACAAGCUCGCUCAAGUGAGGCAACGAGGAAGAAAGCGUACUAUGAUUGGAUGAGCCAAAGAUCUCCCAGUAACUUGUUAUAAAGCUACGUAGGAAGAUCAUCAUGCCUUUUGAGUGUUUAGCACAUGUACGCUGCCUCUGUUUUAGUAUUUGAUUACAAUCCAAACACACUAUAAUUGUUGUUUGUUUCGCAGCCACUGUGUUAGAGAGUGAGUGCACAUUGUUUAACUCAUUAUAUGAUGUAGCUAGUUUCUUUAUUUUUGAUU